AUGCAAGUGGGUGUCAGGAAAUAUAAAAAUAUCUUGGAAUUUUUCACAAAUCCACCAAAAAUCGCUUUAAAUGGCGAAAAUGUAUUAAUUCUUUGUUAUAAAUUACCGAAAACUAGUCACAGAAGCAAAUGGCGCUCCUUGGAGCUCAAUUGGUCAUCACGUUGGUGAUGGUGAGCCUGAUGCAGAAGCUGAGUCCGCAUUUCUCGCUGGCCAAGUGGAUUCUCUGCUCCACGGGACUCACACGAUAUCUCUAUCCGUCCGACAGCGAGUUGAAGAGUCUGGCCGGCGUGCCGAAGGGCAAGGGCAAGUCUGGGAACCGCCAGCGCAAUGGAGCGCAGGAUGGUGAGAAGUCAAAUGUGUUCCACGUGCCGCAGAAUCUCAAUAUUCAGCUGGAGACGGCCAAGAUCUCGGCGCUGGACGUGGUGCACCUGCGGUACUACACAGAGUACCAGUGGCUGGUGGACUUCAGCCUCUACUCGGCCGUGGUGUAUGUCAUCUCUGAGGUGGUGAGCUACUUCAUCCCGCCGAAGGACGAGGUGAACCUGAGCAUGAUGUGGUGUCUGCUGGUCAUCUUCUUCGCCUUCCGGCUGCUGGUCUCCCUCACAGUGCAAUACUUCCGCAGCGAGGAGUCCAUCGGCGAGCGCUCCACGUGCAUCGUCACGGGCUUCUCCUACCUACUGGUGGCCAUGAUGGUGCUCAUUGUGGACGAGAGCACGCUGGAAGUGGGUUUGGAUCGCGCGUAUCGCGUCUUCAACGAGAGCGCCUCGGUGUUCCUCGAGAGUCAGGGCAUUGCUUCCAGCGGCCCGGCGUCCAAGAUCAUCGUGAAGUUCUGCAUAGCCGUGAUGUGUGGCCUCCUGGGCGCCGUAUUCACCUUCCCAGGCCUGCGGAUGGCGCGGAUGCAUUGGGAUCUGCUGAAGUACUGCCAGGAGAAUCGGCUGCUGCAGGUGCUGCUCAAUGUGAACUUCGCGCUGCCCUUCGUGCUCGUCAUCAUGUGGGUGAAGCCCAUCAGUCGCGACUAUCUCACCGAGCGUGUCUUCCGCGGACUCGAGGCGCCUCUCAUGACUCCGCACGCCUUCGAGACCACCAGACUCAUCCUCGUCGUCAUUGUGGUGGUGCUGCGUUUCGUCCUGAUGCCCUUCUAUCUGCAGGCAUACCUCAAUCUCGCCCACCAGCGCAUCGAGGAUCAGAAGAAGGAGGUCGGGAGGAUUACAAAUGUGGAUCUGCAGCGUAAAGUGGCCUCUAUCUUCUACUACCUGUGCGUGGUCACUGUCCAGUACGCGGCGCCCGUGAUUAUGUGCCUCUACCUGGCGCUCAUGUACAAGACUAUGGGCGGCUAUCGCUGGUCAUCCCUCUUCCGCGCUCCCGUGGACGCGGCCGAAUGUCCGGCAGAGGAUCUACUACCCACGACACCAGAGCCCAGCGACGAGGGCAUCAUGUCUUCGGCCAAAGCGAUCCAACUGUCGCUGCGCAGCCUGAAGAACGUCUUCAACGAGGACGUGUACCGCGGGCUGUUCGGCUUCGCCACAUGGUGGAGUUGCUUCGCCUGGUUCGCCGCCACGUCCCUGGGCAUGAUCUACCAGUCCUACUUCGACAAGAACUAAUCCCCACGUGAGUCGUGAGCCUGCAAUAUUUUCUUGUUACUCGGAAUGUUGCGAAUAAAUGACUAGGAAUAGUGAAUUUUGACGAAAA